UGAUUUGGUUGUGUGCGUUUGUUGAUGAUUUGAGUAUUUCGUGCGGUGACUGGUGUAUCUCUUUUUAAUUAUUUCCCGUGAAAUUUAGUGAUAUUCUGUGAAAAUGUCCUCACGCUACGAUCGUGCUGUGACUGUGUUCUCACCAGAUGGUCAUUUGCUGCAGGUGGAGUACGCCCAGGAGGCCGUACGGAAAGGAUCAACUGCUGUGGGCGUCCGUGGGAAGGAUGUUGUGGUGCUUGGGGUUGAGAAGAAAUCCGUGGCUAAGCUGCAGGAGGAGAGAACAGUACGAAAGAUUUGUCUGCUCGACAGUCAUGUUGUGAUGGCAUUUGCCGGACUCACGGCAGACGCCCGGAUUCUCAUCAAUCGUGCCCAGGUUGAGUGUCAGAGUCACAAGCUCAAUGUUGAGGAUCCUGUGACAUUGGAGUACAUUACCAGGUAUAUUGCUGGUCUUAAGCAGAAGUACACUCAGAGCAAUGGUCGUCGACCUUUUGGGAUCUCCUGCUUAAUCGGUGGCUUUGACUAUGAUGGUGUUCCGCAUUUGUAUCAGACAGAACCCUCAGGCAUUUACUAUGAAUGGAAGGCAAAUGCCACAGGGAGGUCAGCCAAGACAGUGAGGGAAUUCCUGGAGAAGUACUACAAAGAUGAGGAGGUGGAAACUGAAGCUGGCGCUGUAAAGUUAGCCAUCAAGGCUCUUUUGGAGGUGGUUCAGUCCGGUCAGAAAACCCUCGAAGUGGCCGUAAUGCGUCGAAAUGAACCACUGCAGAUGCUAGACGUUGAGACUAUUGAGAAGUACGUGAACAUCAUUGAGAAGGAAAAGGAGGAAGAGGCGGAAAAGAAGAAGCAGAAGAAGUAGAUCCUGAAUUUUUUUCUACAAAAAUAUUUUUUUCUCAAGUAAAAUACGCUCCGGAAUUUUUUUGGGGCGUUGCUUUUCAUUUAACAAUAAACAAAAUAAAUGAAAAA